AUGUUUGGUGCACUAAUUAAGAGGAAUACGAAUUUGUUUCAGAAGAAAAUUCCUGCUACGGAGGCCAUGAAGUUCAUAGAUAUUCCGGAAGAUCUGGUGACAAACAUUCUAUUAUAUCUUCCCGCUAAGUCUCUGGCACGAUUCAAGUGCGUCUGUAAAUCUUGGUGUUCUCUCAUAGGAGACCCUAAGUUUGUCGUAGAACACCAUCACAAGCAAACCACUCUUUAUUCCAAUUCCUUCUGGGUCAUCGGGAGGGAUAAAUGCUCUAACUAUGAAUUCAUACUAUGUUUCAUCAAAGAUGAUGGUGAUGAGAUACCUAUAGUCACAGAAACCAUCUCUCAUGGGGAUGAGCCGUUUUGCGGAUUCAAAUUAGUUUUGGGUCCUCGUAAUGGUUUGUAUUGUGUGUGUGAGGAUGUUACUGUUACCAUUAUUAAUCCAUCUACAGGGGAAUCCAAGACACUCCCUGAUUCGCAAUUGGAGCCGCCUAACGUAGCUAGUUUCCAGUGUCCUGACUUUGGUUUUGGUUUUGAUAACAAAAAUAAUGACUACAAGGUGCUCAGGUUUGUUGAUUAUGAUUGCAAUGGGGGGGCUACAAUCCACCAGAUUGAGUUAUACUCCUUAAAAAGUGAAUCUUGGAGAAAACUAGCUGGCAUUGAUAAUGUUAGACUUUGGUCCAAUAAGGACGAUGCAUACAAGGAUGGAGUCUAUUACUGGUGGGCUAAGGGCGAAAAUGGUUGCUGUAUAUUAUCAUUUGAUAUGGUUGAUGAAGUGUUUGAAACAAUGCCACUACCAGAUUUUGGCAUUCCAUCGAUUGAUUACCAUACUACUUCUGAUUCUUGCAAUCACCGUGCGGCACUCUCAAUCUUCAAGGGAUCACUUGCUGCCAUUGCUUACCCAAACAAGAAGGGGAUAGAGGGAUACAUUGAUAUAUGGGUGAUGGCGGCUUUGAAGGAGACUUGGGUGAAACAAGCGAGAAUUGGACCCAUCUCUGCGAUUGGAAGGCCAUUAGUAUUUUGGAAGAAUGGUGGAUUGUUUUUGGAAGAUAUCGACGGGCAGCUAGCAAUAGCAUUUUAUGACCCUAGACGUGGUAGUAUCUACCUUGUCGAGAAACUUCCGUUUCAUCCGUUUAUGUUCUCAUUACAAGUCUUAAAUUAUUCGCAAAGUCUUGUUUCAAUCAAUGGUGAGAAACUCUGA